CUGAGGCAGGCAUUCUUAGCUGAGACACCAAGAGGUGGUUAAAGCAUUGUUGGAACAUCAAGCCUUCCUUUAGGUUUUAAAGAUCCUGAAGCUUUACUGUGGACAUUGGAUUGGUGGAACAGCAAUCAUGACUGUGGGAAAGAGUAGCAAGAUGCUGCAGCAUAUUGACUAUAGAAUGAGAUGUAUCCUGCAGGAUGGCCGAAUCUUCAUUGGCACUUUCAAGGCUUUUGACAAGCAUAUGAACUUGAUCCUCUGUGAUUGUGAUGAGUUCAGAAAGAUCAAGCCAAAGAAUGCAAAACAGCCGGAGCGUGAAGAAAAGCGGGUUUUGGGUUUGGUGUUGUUACGUGGGGAGAACUUGGUUUCCAUGACUGUGGAAGGACCACCUCCCAAAGAUACUGGCAUUGCUCGAGUUCCACUUGCUGGAGCUGCAGGAGGCCCUGGGGUUGGCAGGGCAGCUGGCAGAGGCGUUCCAGCUGGUGUCCCAAUCCCCCAAGCUCCUGCUGGAUUAGCUGGCCCUGUCCGAGGAGUUGGAGGGCCAUCCCAACAGGUAAUGACUCCACAGGGAAGAGGCACUGUAGCAGCUGCUGCAGUUGCUGCUACUGCCAGUAUUGCUGGAGCCCCAACACAGUACCCACCAGGAAGGGGCACCCCACCCACACCUGUGGGCCGAGCAACUCCACCUCCAGGCAUUAUGGCUCCUCCACCUGGUAUGAGACCACCUAUGGGUCCUCCAAUUGGACUUCCCCCUACUCGAGGAACACCAAUAGGCAUGCCUCCUCCAGGAAUGAGACCCCCACCACCAGGAAUUAGAGGUCCACCUCCCCCAGGAAUGCGUCCACCAAGACCCUAAAAUUCUAGAAAUCCUCCUUAGUCACUUUUUUCCCGCUUUGAGACUUGUGAAUCUGUGUAGAGUGUCUGUGAGCUUUCUGUCUCCUUCCUACUGCAUACUAUUAGUUAAUAAAUGCAUAGUGCAAUUAAACUG